UGCUUUAAAAACAGAUUAACAUGUUAUACUAAACUAACAUCCGAUUUGAUAAUAACCAGUUAUGAACUAAAAUGACUAACUUUAUGCCUGUUAUGGACGGAGUGUUUAUUAUUGAAUAGGAAGAAACCAGCGUUGAAAGCCAGUCCGGCCAACAACAGGUUGGAAGAAAAUCGUCGUCGAUUGGUCAAAGUUACUCCAUCACAAGAUCAACCCAAGAUCGAACCCGCUAGCUCAGUCGUCGCUCAAUGGACCAGGUCAUUUGUUGUGUGUGGCGCGUGUCCAAAUUUACCUCUGAUCGUUUUUCCGAACGACACACAAAAAAUAAAAAAAGAGAGAGAAUCAAAUCAAUGUUGUAAAUUUGUUGUCUAAAUAAGCCCAUUUAUAAAAAAAAAAUCUGACUAAAAAAAUAGAUGGACACAUUGUUGCAUGUCGUUGGUUGUCUGUCGUGCAUGUAUCAAUGCAUCACUUGUCCCUGGUUAUUUCCGCAGACAAAAACGACCGAUAGCAUGUUUGUUCCUUGUAACCUAUUCCCAAUUCCUUAUUCCGUCUGCGUUUCCAACCGAUUUGACCAGAAAAACCUCACAAAUCUCUUCCUUCCUCAGUCAACCAAACAAAAGACCGAUCGAUCCUGCAUUCUCUGUUUUAGAAAAUUUUCGCGCCUUGAUGAUUAUUUCGUAUAUUUCAAUGAUUUUCUCGUCGAUAAUAGGCGUCUUUUGGACGAAGACGACGAACUUUCGGAAGUUCAACCGGAUGCGGUUCCGAACGAAGUCAGGGAAUGGUUAGCAUCGACAUUUACUCGACAGACGGCCACACAGAGAAGAAGAGCGGACGAAAAACCGCGAUUUCGUUCGGUGGCCAACGCCAUCAGGGCAGGAAUAAUGGUCGACAGAAUUUACCGCAGAAUAUCCAGUUCUACGUUUUUGCAAAUCCCAUCUCAAGUGGCUGUUUUGUUAAAGGCGGCAGAUGAUUGGUCUUUCGAUGUGUUCACCGUUAACGAUGUAGCUAACGGUCAAGCGUUACGUUACAUCAGCCACGAUUUAUUGAACAGAUAUGGAUUAAUUCAUAAAUUUAAGAUACCAUCGAAUAUACUCGAGAACUUUUUGAUACAAAUAGAAACUGGAUACGGACGACAUAAAAAUCCAUAUCAUAACAAUAUCCAUGCAGCGGAUGUGACUCAAACCGUCCAUUAUAUGUUGUGUCAAGCGGGAUUGGCCAAUUGGCUGAACGAUUUAGAGGUAUUUGCCACUCUAAUAGCUGCAAUUAUACACGACUUCGAACAUACCGGUACAACUAAUAAUUUCCACGUCAUGUCCGGAUCAGAUACCGCUCUGCUUUACAACGAUCGAGCGGUUUUAGAGAAUUAUCACACCAGCGCAGCUUUUAAAUUAUUAAAAGAGGAAGACUAUAAUAUUCUGGUCAAUCUGAGUAGAGAGGAAUACAGGGAAUUUCGUGCUUUAGUCAUCGAAAUGGUAUUAGGAACGGACAUGUCGUCUCAUUUCCAACAAAUUAAAUCGAUGAAGUCUUUAUUAACCCAUUCGGAAUUUAACAUCGACAAAGCUAAGGCCUUGUCUUUAGUCCUUCACUGUAGUGACAUCAGUCAUCCCAGUAAGGAAUGGGAUCUUCAUUUCAGGUGGACGCAACUACUAAUGGAAGAAUUCUUUCAACAGGGAGAUAAAGAGAAAUCACUAGGAUUACCUUAUUCCCCUCUUUGCGAUCGAAAUACAACUCUUGUGGCUGAAUCUCAAAUAGGUUUCAUAGAUUUUAUUGUGGCUCCCAGUAUGGAAGUGUGCGGAGGUAUGUUAGAAAAGAUUCAGAAUUAUCUUCAUCGUCCUCCUACUCUACAAGAAACGGAAGAAGCUGACGUUAAAUCGUCGAGACACAGAACAGCUAUGCAAUCGCCGAGUAAAAGUGCAGAUUCAGUUUCUUUGUCGGAACCUAUUAUUCCAACUCCUAGAUCUUCGCCGAUUGCUGGAAGGAGGGAACAGUUAAUUGGUAAAAGACCGUGGUUAAGUUGUCUGGAACAGAAUCGAAUUAAUUGGCAAGAAAGAGCGGAUAAAGAUGCAGAAAUGCGAAAAUGUAGUACAAACGGCACCCAAGUAGACGAAAGCGAAUAAGUGUAAACUAAACGAAUCGUUUAAAGAACGAUGAUCAUCUUAGAUUUUCGACAUGACGCCAACAUUGAAUGCAGGGAUUAUUCGACUUGCUUUGGAGGAGGAAAAAGAACGACCUCCAUCGAUGUGUCAAUGUGUCAAUGUGGUUGUCGUCAAUGGUUUUGUCGUUCAAGUGUCGUUUCCCGCGCACCUUUCGCGGCGUUCAAAACUGCGACUACCCAAAAAAAGUCCCCCCAAAAUAAGAAUAUAUAUAAAAAAAAA